GAUCGCUUCAGACGCGUUUCCAUGGGAGAAGUUCAGAUAUAUAAGUCUUUCCGCACUUUGCGAAGCAGAGAAUUUGGGAUACGCGUUUCCCUCGCUCUUUCCGCAAGACAGCUUCAAAUCUCGCGCGACGUGGAGAGGGAGGAGGGAUUGACAGCUGCAACAUGGCGGCCGAGUUGUUGUGUUGUGAACAGAGUCGUCUCAAAAUGUGAAGGGAGCUACCUGGCUGCACUGGGGGCAACUUUAAACAAGGGGGGAAAUUUUUCCAGUUUGUUGACAUCUCUGACCAAAGGGCAUCAGAAUUUGUUUGAGAGCUGAGGAAAGAGGUGGAUAUAUGGUGAAUUGUCUGUGGAAAGAGGAAUUUCGGAUUUUAAAAAAAUGAGUGGUGGAUUGGCACCAAGCAAAAGCACAGUAUAUGUAUCCAACUUGCCAUUUUCACUGACGAAUAGUGAUCUGCACAAGAUUUUUUCCAAGUAUGGCACAGUGGUCAAAGUUACGGUGUUGAGGGAUAAAGAUUCCAGGAAAAGUAAAGGUGUGGCAUUUGUUCUGUUUCUGGAUAGAGAAUCAGCGUACAACUGUACGAGAGCACUUAACAACAAGCAAUUGUUUGGCAGAACAGUGAAAGCAAGUAUUGCAGUUGACAAUGGAAGAGCAUCUGAAUUCAUAAGAAGGCGCAAUUACACUGACAAAUCUAGAUGUUAUGAAUGUGGUGAUUAUGGCCAUUUGAGUUAUGCAUGCCCAAAAAAUAUGCUUGGAGAGCGAGAACCUCCUAAAAAGAAAGAGAAAAAGAAAAAGAAAAAAAUCAGUGAGCCAGAAGAAAUUGAGGAGGAGGAGCAGCAGGAAGAAAGUGAAGAUGAAGGAGAAGACCCUGCCCUUGAAAGUUUGAGUCAAGCUAUUGCUUUCCAGCAGGCAAAAAUUGAGGAGGAAGAGCUUAGACGUAAACAGACUGCUGGUGAUGCAAGUGAAUGUUCAACUUCUGAACUGUCGAAACGUCCAAGAAUAAAAAAGAGUGCAUAUUUCAGUGAUGAAGAGGAGCUGAGUGAUUGAUUUUUUUUUGUAACAAUAAGUACACAUGUAUUUAAAUGGAGAAUUGGUGUUAAAAAUAAAAUUCCAGAUUAUUUUAAA